AUGCACGACUACGCCUUGUCAAUGAUGGUGGAAGACCUUGGCCGACACGCAACUGCCAUCAAAUACAUCUCGAAGCGAUCUCCGGCUGAGGCAUGCACGUUCAUAGAGAAGUAUGGACAUUUGCUGUUUGAAGCAUGCCCGAACGAAACUGUGGAGCUACUGCAGACUGUUAUUGAAAAUUCGUCCGGAGAUAAUGUCGAUCCAACUCAGCUUCUCAAGGUAUUUGUCGGUGAUUUUACGAAGGCAGCCAAUUUCAUCGAAUUCGCCCUCAAAAAGGUAUCGGGACCUUCUCGUAGUGUUUUGCUUGACGCGAUACUCGAAUUGCGACUGAGAGAUUACUCCCAAGGGAAAAUUACGGAUGCUGACUGCUUCAAGCAGUUGAUCCCAUUCAUUGAAGAUGGCACUAUUUCUCGUGCCCUCCAUAUGGCACGUCUCUUUCACUGCACUCCUGUCAUGCAGCAUAUUUUGCAGAAGUUAGGACGGAAAAAGGAACUGCUCCAGUAUUACCUCGAAGGCAACAAACUUAGUGAAGCGAUUGAAUUGUGUAACACUGAAAAGAGUAAAGAAAUGUGGCUCGAUACGCUGGUGCAUGUCUCAAAGGUUGAAGGUGCGGUAGAUGAGAAGUUGAUCGUGAAGAUGCUCGAGGGCAUUGAAGCAGGUGGAAACCUUCCACCGUUGGUUGUGUUGGAAAUUUUGUCGCGUAGCAGCAGUUUGAAAGUGGCAGCAGUUAAGGAUUAUGUCAUCAGGUGGUUGGACGCACAGAAGAAGCAGAUAGAAGCAGAUCGGAAGGCAAUCACGGAGGGUGAACGUCGUGUGGAAGAAAUCGAUAAGCAGAUGGAAUCCCUCAAGUUCAAUGUGCAAGUGCUGCAAGUGAACAAGUGCAGUGCUUGUGACACUGCACUUCAGUUGCCAGCAGUACAUUUUCUCUGCCGGCAUAGUUAUCAUGUGCACUGCUUCGAGUCCUACAGCGAUAAACCUGACGUGUGUCCAGCAUGUGUGGGGCCGAUGUCCAGGGAGACCUCAAGAGAAGCUAUAAGCGACAGAGCUGCUUAUCAGAUGUUCCAUAAAGAACUAAACGGAGCGGUUAACGGAUUGGAUGUGAUAUCAAAAUAUAUUCGGAGUGGAGUGUUCGAUUCGUCGAAGAAGAAUUCCCAGAAAAAGGGAUCGACUGCUGUGUCACCGGCUGAUUCAAAACGAAGUGAUGGGAAUCCGUUUGAAGAUGAAGAUGAUUUGAAUCCAUUUGCUGAUCGUGGCACCCUGAGUAGCAAGUCAUCAGAUUCAGCCAUCAGGCGGCCACCAACGAUGAAGUCCUCGAACGCUAAUCGUCCGACUACCUAUGAUGACUCUAAGAAUCCGUUCAGAGUAGGCACGAAUCCGUUUGAAGACUAA